UCUUUUCAUCGAUAUUUUAAUAAGAAAUGAAAAAUGAAUAACAGUUCCGAUUAUAUUUAUUGGUCGGAGCUUCAUUGCUCCAAAGACGCACUAACUGAUACUUAUGGAUGGUUUAUGCAGUUUUUGCUAGCUGUUUUGGCUUUUACAUGCCUAAUUGGUAAAAGAUUUUGUGAACCCCGCUAUGCUAGAAGACCAUGGUUGAUCUGGUUCUAUGAUACAUCAAAGCAAGGUUUAGGUGCCCUCAUCAUACAUGCAGCUAAUGUAUGGUUAUCACCACAUCUCACAGGAAAUCCAUGCACAUGGUAUAUAGUGAACUUUAUGUUGGACUCAACAUUAGGUUUGCUUAUAAUAUGGGCUGGAAUAAGACUGGCUCAGUAUUGCGCCAGGACUUAUGAUAUUCCACUUAUAAAUUUUGGAGAAUAUGGCAAACCCCCAAUGUGUGCAGCAUGGAUAUGCCAGUGUAUUCUAUAUGCGGCAUUGGCGACAUUUGCCAAAUCUGUACUAGCUCUAGUACUUCGACUUCCGCCCGUGGUAGCCGUACUCUCAACACUUCGACUCUCGCCAGUUUCCGAUCCACGUUUGGAGCUCGCUGUUGUUAUGCUCAUCAUUCCUUUCUUUGUUAAUAUAUUGAUAUUCUGGGUUACGGAUAAUUUCCUAAUGUAUCAUCCGAGAGGAGUGAGUUCUAAGAUAAAGACUAAGGUACGAUAUCAAUCAAUAAAGAAAGAUAAGUCUGGAUCAGAAGACGAGGAGCAAUCUGCAGAUGAGAGACUGCUUGGUGCCAACGUAUGACCCAAUAACAGGCCCAUUAUGUUCCGGGCUUAAUUGGCAAUCUCCUUAUCUUAUGUACUCGAAAUUACUGACUUGCCUUUGUUCCUUUUUGCAUAAUAU